AAUCAAACCGUAAGCCUUAAUACACCUUCCCUUAUCAGUUUUCUCGCGUUAAAAUUAGAUCCGAUUCACAGUCCUCGUUGACGACGGUGAGCUUCUCCACCGCCCUCCCUUCCCCCUCAACCAAAACCCGCAAUCAAUGGUGAAACUUUAGGUCUUCGAUCAAAAUCAAACCAACCCAUGAAGCUUCACAAAGACUACUAUGGCUACUACUACCCCAACCAGUCUCAGAGAGCCGCUUUAGCCGGCCUUUUGGUGGUCCUCUUUCCGGCCUUCCUGCCAAACCUCUUUGGCCCAUUGGGCCACGCCUCUCCUUCCAUCUUCUCGGAGUGGAAUGCCCCGCAACCCCGGCAUUCGCGCCUUCUAAGUCCGGCUUUACUUCUUCAAUCUUCUGUGGAUCAACAGAGCAAGCUUUGGGCUCCGUUGCCCGACCAAGGAUGGAAGCAUUGUCCUGAAGAGCCUAGAAGUUUAUCAUCGUCGCCAAAAGAAUCUACUGGGUAUAUUCAGGUGUUCCUUGAUGGAGGCUUGAACCAGCAGAAAAUGGGGAUUUGUGAUGCAGUUGCUGUUGCUAAAAUUUUGAAUGCCACCUUGGUUAUUCCACACCUUGAAGUUAAUCCUGUGUGGCAAGAUUCGAGUUCCUUUGAGGACAUUUUUGAUGUGGGUCACUUUAUUGAAGCCCUACAGGGUGAAGUUUCUAUAGUUAAAGCCCUUCCUAUUGAAUUUUCUUGGAGCACUAGGGAGUAUUAUGCUACUGGCAUACGGAUUACAAGAAUAAAAACAGCACCUGUUCAUGCUUCUUCUGAUUGGUAUCUGGAAAACGUCCUGCCCAUAUUGCAGAGAUAUGGAGUUGCUGCUAUCUCCCCAUUUUCUCAUCGUUUGGCUUUUGAAAACUUGCCUCCAAGCAUACAGCACCUACGUUGUAAAGUCAACUUUGAAGCUUUAGCCUUUGUUCCUCAUAUCAGGAAAUUGGGAGAAACCCUUGUUAAUCGUCUCCGCUAUCCGAAUAGAAACCAAAAGGCAGGUACUGGCUCGCAGACAAAGCCAAAAAUGAGAAAACAGGGAGCGGAAAUAUGUUGUUUGAUCAUACGCUACAAUAAAAGUAUCUUCUUAUUAGCUUAUAAUCCUGACUGUUUUAAUCCUGUAAUCGUUUCAAAAGCUAUUGACUACUUUUAA